UUGGUUUCAGCCACCUGCUCCCUCCCCUCUUGUCACCACACUCCUCCUCAGAUCCUCAGUGCUGUCCCCUGGACAAAUACACACGUUUUUACUGCUCUGCUACACUCCACUUGGCCAGCACUUCCAGGGCGGGUAUCCAACAACAUUUAUUAUCUGAAAGACGUUAAGUGAGAAUGUCCACGGCCUCUGCUGACUGUCCCAGCUCUUCCCAAAGCUGCUUAGCAGCCAAACCUACUGGUCUAGGUGGUUCCGUAGCUAAGGCUUCCGGGUAAUGCUGUUGGACGUCUUGUCAUCUAGACAUUGGGAAUCCUGCUGAAGAAGCAUCAAUGGGAGCCAAGCAGUCCAAGGAGGAGGAGAUGAAGAGGCAGGCAAGGAAGAGUGCCGGUCGUGAGGACAGCUUGACGUCAGUGGAGCGGAUCCGCAACCACACGUACAAACAGUGGGGCUACAGCAUGCUCAGCCUGGCCCGCCGCGGCCUCAAGGAACCCCCCGAGGAACUGUGGCAUGUGACAGAGCUUGAGAAGCUCAAUCUGUCAUUGAACUGCCUGCAGGCUCUGCCCCCCGCCCUUAGCAUCCUCAGCAACCUGGUGGUCCUCAACCUGUGGGGGAACCAGCUGACCAGCCUGCCCCCAGAGAUCGGCCAACUCAGACACCUCCGUGUCCUGUUCUGCUACCGCAACCGGCUGACCGAGGUACCAGAGGAGCUGGGCAACUGCACCAGGCUGGAGGUCCUCAGCCUGGCCAACAACCAGAUAUCUGGCCUCCCCGCCUCCUUCGCCAGCCUGACCUGCUUGCGCAAGCUCAACCUCAGCCACAACAAAAUCGUUCACAUCCCCGGUUGCGUCUACACCAUGAAGAGUCUGGUCUUCCUCCACCUGGCCUGCAACAGGCUGGAGUGCAUCGCCGAGAGCAUCGCGGCACUGGUGGAGCUCAAGAUCCUCAUCGUGGAGGGGAACGAAAUCCACUCACUGCCCAAGAUGAUCUGCUGCCUGACGCGCCUGGAGCUGCUCAACGUGGACUUCAACGACAUCCAGAAUGUGCCCCAAGAGAUGCACCAGCUCAGCAGGCUGGAGAAGCUGGCCUGCCACCCUUUGGAUAAGGGGCUCCACAUCAUGCAGAACCCCUUGCAGAAACAAAUCAAAGAAGUGCUGGAAGGAGGCCUCACCGCCCUGUUUAAUUAUCUCAAAUCUAAUUGAGACUGCUCCACAGAAGAAGGGAACAUUCCUGGUCUUGAUCAGUGUGCAUUUAAUCUGCGGACCCACUUUUGGUCUCCAUAAGGGAACUAAAGUACUUCCAUUGUUGCUGCUCAUGAGUAGGAUAAGAUGCUGUGAUCCUCAACAUGCAUGAGAAAAGGAUGAGAAAAAGGUUAAAUUGUGUUUUUAAAAAAAACUUUCUGUAGAUAACAAGACGAUGCAAAUGACUCUGCAACUGUGAUUUUGCAAAAAUGAUUAGGCUACUAAUUGAAUGACUGUAGUCCUGAUUCUAAUGGUUCUUAUGUAGAGUUAUACCUAGCAACUCUGUAUAAAUUGGGACAUAUUAUCAUUAUAAACUUAAAGCAACUUACAAGUGAGUGAAACGCUCAAUGGGGCUAAACACAUUGUAUGGAAAUAGACUUGGACUGUUGGGAGGCAGGGUUAGAGGAAAUAGUCUAACAUGUAGCGGAGUUCUGACGUCAGAAUCCUCACACUCUCUACCAGAGGAGUCCAGAGAAGAGAAGAGGUCAUGUUUCAGGUCCCGAGUGAGAACACCUAACAAAGCUAUCCUCUUUGUUCUUAACAAACCUUGUUUGUUUUGUCUUGCUGUUGGGGGAGCGAGCCGGGAAAUUUCUCUGACCUGCUGCAUAGAACUUGCUGAGCCCAGUUGACCUCCACUCCCCCCAACCUCUCAUUUAGCUAUCUAAACUAUCCUUCCAGGAUCAAGAUCGGGAUGCUUCCAUUACAUCAACUAAAAGGUCAGCCUUGAGCCCAGCUGUGUUUGCUGCUGUAGUUACCGACCACUUCGUUUAAGAGCUACAAGCAAAACGCUGUUGCCAGGCUCCAACUCCAGCCAGCUCGAAGGAUCACAUGCUAUACUGCACACAGUCAAUAGACCUACAGUCUUAAUCAUGGCUAUUGGAUUGACAUUUUGAUUGGAGUAGCAUUUAAGUUUUUGAAUGUAGCACCUCAUUGCACCAGAAGGUAGCAUUUCAAAAACCAACCGAAUGAUGUGUUAAGUACUGCCUGACUGUACAGUAAGCCAUUUUAAAAUGUAAUCUUAUUCCUUAGGAUUGCCUAUUGGUGUGUUAGUUUGAGGGGCAAAUGUGCUCAUGACUAUUUUAUCUAAAUGUUCUUAUGUCCUUAUAAACUGAGGUGUAAAUAAAUACAAGAUAUUUAU